AUGAACACCUGUAAUCACACAAAUGUGGCAGACUUCAUCCUCCUGGGACUCACAGAUUCCAAGGAGAUGAGGCUGAUCCUCUCCAUGCUCUUUCUCCUGAUAUAUCUGAUUACUGUGCUGGGGAAUAUGGGCAUGAUAUUGCUCAUUCGCCUAGAUGUCCAGCUCCAUACUCCCAUGUAUUUCUUUCUCACCCACCUGUCAUUUCUCGACCUUAGUUAUUCAACUGUCAUCACACCUAAAACCUUAGCGAUCCUGCUGACUUCCUCCAAGCAUAUCUCCUUCAUUGGAUGCUUCACACAGAUGUUCUUCUUUGUCCUCCUGGCUGCUACUGAAUGUUUCCUUCUCUCCUCCAUGGCCUAUGAUCGCUAUGUAGCUAUCUGCAAUCCUCUACACUAUCCGGUUGUUAUGUCCACAAGACUCUGUCAUGCCCUUCUUACUUGGUCCUAUUUGAUUGGAACUAUAGAUUCCAUUAUCAAUGUGCUUUGCAUGAGCACCGUACAGUUCUGUAAAUCCAAAGUAAUCUACCACUUUUUUUGUGACACACCUGCAAUUUUAGCCCUAUCCUGCACUGACACACAUGAUAUUGAAAUCCUAAUAUCCAUUUUUGCUGGUUGUACUCUAGUGGUGUCUCUCAUCACAAUAUCUGUAUCAUAUGUGUCCAUUCUAUCUGCAAUUUUAAAAAUCAGUUCCACUUCAGGAAAACAAAAAGCCUUCUCCACUUGUGCCUCCCAUCUCCUGGGAGUCACUGUGUUUUUUAGCACCACAAUCUUCACUUACCUAAAACCGAACAUGUCCUACUCCUUGGGAAAGGAUCAAGUGGCUUCUGUUUUUUACACUAUUGUGACGCCCAUGCUGAAUCCACUCAUUUAUAGUCUGAGAAACAAAGAAGUGAAGAAUGCAUUCCUUAGAGUCUUACAGAAGGGAGAAGUCUUCAUCCUGGUCCUUAAGUUUAAAGCCAUGACAAGAUCCUGUAUAGCAAAUUCCUCCUUAUUGAAAUGUUUCUUCCUGGAGGGAGGAAAGAGUAGAGUUCAACAUAUCUGA